AUGGCCAACCUUGUUCCUCUCGAACAGAAGAGCCACAUCCAAGGCUGGAGAAUAGAGACCAUGCAUGCAUUCCCACCUUUCAUGAAAUUGAAAAUCAUGGUUGGUGUGAGGAUGUCCCUUGCCACGGAUCUCGUCACUCACACGACUGCGGACAAGACCAAGUUCUUGCACAGUUCCGCCCGUCUUCAGCAGUUGGAUCUCGCCCCACACAAUCAAGAAUCAGGAGCAGAAGAAGGAGGAGGGAGAUCAAAACCUUCAGCCUUCACACCAGUCGUUCCCAGUGCCCGCGGUCAAAGCCUUACGUCAUACCUGGCAUUGCAGGCUUUGGCUCAAAAUGCUCCAACGCCAGGUACACCAAGUCAUCCCGUGAGAAAGGAGAAGAACCGACGCUUCGAUUUUGCCAAAUUGGCUGAAAGUGCUACGGCACCUUCUCAGCCGGAACCCGACGAUGAUCCUCAUGACCCUUGUGUUCAGGACUCAUACAAUGGGACGAUCAGAGCAGGAGAUUUAAUGGGACCUCUUCUGAUGAGUCAAGAGUCUCUCCUGCUCCCCGUCAAUUACCAACGUCGACUUCUUCAAAGCACUCGACGAUCGUCGAGGCCCAAGAAGCAAUUCAUCUGCAAAUUCUGCCAGCGCCAGUUCACCAAGUCCUACAAUCUCCUCAUCCACGAAAGAACUCACACGGAUGAGCGGCCUUAUUCCUGUGACAUUUGUGGGAAGGCGUUUCGGAGACAAGAUCAUCUCCGAGAUCACAGGUACAUUCACUCAAAGGAGAAGCCGUUCAAAUGCGGAGAAUGUGGGAAAGGGUUCUGCCAGAGUAGGACGUUGGCAGUCCACAAGAUCCUACACAUGGAUGACAGUCCCCACAAAUGCCCCACUUGCGGACGGAGCUUCAAUCAGCGCUCCAACCUCAAGACCCAUCUCCUCACCCAUACAGACAUCAAACCUUAUUCCUGUUCCCAAUGUGGGAAAGUGUUCCGCCGGAACUGCAAAGAAAGUCGCUUGAUAUCGAGACUCGGCUUUCUCCUCUUUUAG